GGUUUUCUUCUCGCGAUUCUUUCCUGUCAAAAAAUCGAAGAGUGCUCUGUGGGUGAAAACGCGAAGAAUCGUCUACUUUUUCAAAGCCUCGCCGCCCUUCCGAAGUGAACCGAAUUCCGGACUCCGUAAAAGCUCCGACACAAUGGCGUCCCUCUGCGGAAGAUUAGUGCUCAAUGCUGCCCGACGCAAUGUGACCUACACCCCGGUGCGAUUCUGCAAAAUGAUGAACGAUCCGAUCGAGCACGCCACCGGUCUGGAGAAGCGCGAACUGUUGGCCAGACAGGCCGGCGAUAACGACCCGUUCGAUAUGCGCGUGUUCAAGCGCGGCCCGGGCACCAAGGAGAGCCCCAACAUGAUUCCGUCGGCAUUCGAGUCCCGUCUCGUUGGAUGCGUCUGUGAGGAGGAUCAGACCUAUAUCCAGUGGAUGUGGCUGCACCAGGGUCACCCCAAGCGCUGUGAGUGCGGACACUGGUUCAAGCUGGUCGAAAAGGCCCCCGUCUAAAGCGUUUUAUCGGAAUGUAAUUGUAGAGAACAACCAUAUGUUACAACAAGCGAAAUAAAACAAAAGAUUGAUUAAAAAUAAACCUACUGAGCAGUGAUUAAAGCUAUUUGAAAACUGCACGAUUACGUUCAAAUAAACAGUAAGAAAAUUGAAAUUAAAAUCGGUUUUGUUCUCACGUCAAUUUUCGCCAUGUUGUGGUCGCUGCAAAGAAACCAAAUCAAGCACCCAAAUAAGAAACACCGAUGACUUGGUGUUCUCCUUGCCCUCGGAAAAAAUAGCCUACCAAUACGGGAAGAUAGUGUCAUAGUCCAGUACUUAAUAAAUGUCCGUUACAUUUAGAGAAGUAA